AUGGCAAAGAUAAUCGAUUUACGUAAGCCCCUUUUCAAAAGGAUGCUUGCUUUUUACAAGAACAUCAACAAAAAUACCCAAAUUUUUUACACAAAUUUAAUUUUUUACAAUUUUGACAAUGAUUUGAUUUUUAGUUUAAUCAAAAUAUAUAGGAAAAUAUUAAAAAAAUAUGAAAAAAAAAAAAAAUACAUGUAUAAUAUUAAUGGAAAUAUAGAAAAUGGUAUCAAUUAUAAGGAUGACCACUUUGUAAUUUUUACUUAUGUAAUGUUUUCGUAUUUGAAUUUUCUUCUUUCUGAACUGGAUCAAAAUCAUUCAGACAUUUUUGAACUUUGUCAUGACUUCAAUACAAAAAAUGUUUUAGUAAAUAUAAAAAAAGAAAGAAAAAAAAUAAAAAAAACGCCUCUUAAUAUAAAAAAAUUACUAUGGAAUAAUUAUUCUGGUACAAAACUUGGCGCUAUUAUUACUAAUGACAGUAAAAAUGAAAUUAACUGUAAUGCCCAUUUUAUGGGAAAGGACCUCAAAAAAUAUAUUUCACCAAAUGAUAAUAUAAAUAAUAGUACUAUGAUAAAACAAAGUAGUAUGCAAAUUGAUAAUUAUUAUCAUAAAAUAGACAAGCCAAAUAACAACAAUUAUAUUUAUCAACCUAUGGAUAUCAAUCAAACUGUAAAUUCUAAUAAUUAUCACUGCUCUCAAAAUACGGACUUAAAAGAAAAGGAAAUUAUUAGCAGUUUGAAAAGCUUAUAUACAAAUAUGUACUAUUGGGCAUAUCUUAGUCGGCUGAAUAUAAAAUGUAAAAGAUUAAAUAAUAUAUAUGAAGAGAAUGUGCUAUAUAUAGAUAUUUAUAAAAAUAUAUAUAAUUUAUAUAAGCAUAUGAAUAAUAUGUAUAGUAAUCAUAUUAAUAUGAUGAUAAAAAAAAAAGAACAACUAUCUAUUACUCAUAAUAAUGAAAUGGAAAAUAUUAUUAAUGAAAAUAAAAAAAAUGAAAAAUUUCAACAAGCAAUUAAUGAUAUGGUUUAUAAACAUAUAGCAGAAAAAAAAGCUCUAAAUAGACAUAUAGAGCAUGAACUAAAUGUUAUGAAGUCCAUUAAUCUUAAAGAAUAUAAAAGAAAUAUUUUAUACAUUUUUUACAUUAUUGAAAAUAAAAAUAGCACAUUAUCAUUACCCCCUUUACCUAUUGAAAAGGGAGAAAAAAAAAGUGAGAAAAAUAAUAAUAUUCACAAGAAACAGAAUGAUAUAUAUCCUAUACAACGAUCUUCAAAAUAUUUUGCCCAUAUACUUAAUUAUUUUAAUUUAUUUUAUUUAUAUAAAUUAAUUAAGACAAAAAUAAAUGUGUAUAGCUAUUUCCAUUUAUAUAUUAAAAAUAAUUUAUCUGACAAAGUAAUGGAUAUUUCAAUAAUUUUUAGUUUAGGAGAAAUUCAUCAUAUGUUUGAAUAUAAUCACAAAAACGGUAGUAAUAUUGAUACUAUUAGAAAUAAUAAUAAAUUUAAAAAAAAAUUUUAUCAAUUAUUAAAAAAUAUACAUAACAAAAAUUAUGCUCAUUCCUAUAAAAAAUAUGUAAAAACAUUUACACACUUAUCAAAUAAACUCAUUAGUGAACCAGAAAAAAGAAAGAAAAGUCUUAGUUUAAAAAAUAUUAGCAAAGAUAAAUCAGUCAAAAGCACUUUAAUAAAUAAUAAUAUAGAGGACGAUAGGGAAACAGAUUCUAAUUUCAAAAUUACUUAUCCCCGUUCGAAAUAUUUUGAUGAAAAUGGAUACUUUAAUCUUGCAAAAAAAAAUGUACAAGAAGAUGAGAUACAGAAAUUGGGAAAAGAAACAUCAACUAUUUUCGAAAAAGGGAUUGAGAAAAACUUUGAAAGUGAAAAAUAUAGACAAAAAAACAUUUUUAAUAAAAAUUAUUGUAGUACUUACAAAAUUUUAACAGAAAAUUCAAUGCGAUUUUUAAAAGUAAAACCUUCGAAUCCUAUAAAUAAGAAUAUGCAGACCAAUAAAUUAACAAUAAAAGAUAAAAAAUUAAAUGCUUUAAUUUUAUAUAUAUAUGAAGAUAUAAAUAAUUAUUCGGAAGAAAUUACUUAUAAAAACUUAUUUAAUAUUAAUUUAGCAAAACCAGAUUUUGUAUUCCCAAAUAUGAAAGAACAGUUAAAUUUGUUGAAGCAUUUUAGCAAACCUAGAUCACAGAAUAUUCAUACAAAAAACAAAAAAAAUAAUAAUAUAGAAAAAGAAUCUCAAAUAAAUGAUAAAUGCAAUCAAAUUAAUUACCUAACAAAAGAUAAAACAUUUUGUACUUCCUAUGGAAACAUUAUUAUUACAAGACAUAAAAACCUUCGAUUAGCAAUGCAGACAUCUGAAAAAAAUGAUGAAAAGAAAAUAAAGAUAAAAAAAACAUCACACACUAGUUUUAGUAAUAUUCGAAAGAAAAAAAAUAACCUGUUUGACUCAGAAAAUAGUGCGAUAAAGAGUGGUAGCUCUAAUUUUAUUAAUAGUAACGAAGUUAGUAGUAACAGUAUUGACAGUAGCUGCAUUACUAGUAAUGGUGCCACUAGCAAUGAUAUAAGUAGCAACAGCGUGAAUAGUAACGACAAUAGAACAGAUGAAAUAAACAAAAUAAAUAUUGUAGAUAGCUCAAUUGUAUUCCCUAUACAUGAAAUACUUAAAAAAAGCAAAUAUUAUUCAAUAAGUAAAAAAAAUCAACAUAAAAAUAAUUCAAAUAUAAAAUAUAAGCAUAAAUACUAUAAAAACGGUUUUUUAAAUAUGGCCAACAACAAAAAAAAAAGUAUUUACAUAGACAUCAUAUUUCAUGUAGUAAUACCAAAAAAUAUGAAUAGAAAAAGUUUUAAAAUAAUUUUAUAUUCUUUAUUUAAAAUAUUAGAUAUAUGUAAUACGUAUGGUAUUUCAUCUAUAAAUUGCUCAUUCCCCUAUAUUCAAAAUAUUGUCCAUAAGAAUAAAAGACCUAUUAUUUAUUCAUUUAUAUAUUCACUUAUUUUUACAUUACUGCAUUAUAUGAAAGAUUCAUAUAAUAAUAGUAAUAAUGUAAAAAUACUUCAUUUCAUUUUUCCAAAUUUAAAAUAUUAUGAAAAAAAAAAUCACACACAAAAUAUUAGUAAUUAUAUAACCACAAAAAGAAAUAGUGAUAUUUUUUCAUAUCAUAAGAAUUCAAAAAUGUUAAUAAAUACAAUGGAAAAUACAGACGAAAAAAAAAAUACCAAUAUAGAAAAUGAACAUACUAAUACUAACCCAUCAACUCAAAAAAAGUCUAAUAUUAAAAUAUUUAUUAAUAAAAUUAUACACACUUUAAGAGAAAAGUACACUGUGAUUGAAAGUGUGUAA